AUGCUACAAAUCAAUAUAGAAGUGCAAACUAUUUAUUUUUAUAUUGAUUCUGACAAUCCUUAUUGUAAAAUGCAACUUAAUGAUUGUAAAAAAUCAAAUUUUAAAUUAGCCAUGACAACUGUCAUUUUGAAUAAUUAAUUAAGAUGUAAAUGCUAUGAACAACAAGAUAUCUAUGAAAAAGUUGAAAUUCUAAUCCCCUACAAUUAAAGAAACAAAAACAAAGUAACCUUUUAUAAUAUCCAAAGCUCAAACUCAUUUUUUAUGAAAAUCUUAUAAAAUUUGGAGAAGCAAUCUUUAAUCUUGAGUUCUAUAUUGAACAUAAAUUAUCUUAAAUUUCUGAUAGAUUAUCAAUUUAAUGCGAUUAAAAUGAAGAAGCACAAUUAACAUUCAUUUUUGAAUGGCAACUAAUUAACAAUUUACCGGAAUCGAAUAUAUAAAUUUUAGAAAAUUGCUAGACAAUUAGUAGUCCUUAAAGUAUAGAAAUUUCUUAAAGAAAUGCAUGUUAAAGUCCAAAAGGAUAAGAAAAAUCAAAAAAAAGUAGUGAUGAUAAUAGAAUUACUCAUUCAUCAUAUAACUAAUGGAGAGAUCAUAAGGAAUAAUUAAAAGUUUAAUAAGAGAAGAAGUUGAAAGAACCAAAACCAUAAUCCAAAAUAGUUAUAGCUGAUGAUUAUGUGUGGUCAAAUCAAUUAAGAAAGCCAGAUGUGUAGGUGAGAGUUGGAUCUCCAUCUAAACGAUUUGCAACUCACACAAAGCAAUUCAAAAAAAUAUAUUGUUCAAUCAAUGAAUAACCCAAACAAACUGAUCUAGAUUUAAAGGAUAUAAAUGAUAAAAUGAUUGUUGUUAAAAAGUAAAUAUAAUCUAUGAAUUAACAUAAUAAAAAGAGUGAUGAUGAUAAAAGGAAGUAUAAAACUAAAAUAGGAUCAAAGUAAAAGUAUUUUUAAUAAGAAGAAAUUAAAACGUAAUCUGAUGAAAUUGUCAAAUCAUUUUCUGACAGAGGAUGGAUGUAAAAAAUUACAAGUUAAAAUAAUGAAAAUUAUGAUUAAUCUUAUUUGAAUACUUUUAAUUAAGUCUCUGAAUAACAAUAUCUAGAGUAAAACACUGAUCCUAAUUACGAGAUAUAAAUAUUAAAGUAAGGAUUGAAAUAAUAAGACCAUAAAUCUAAAAGUCCACCUAAAUCAAAAAAUUUUAAUUAACAAACUAAUUAAUCGCCAAAAAGUAAAACAUAACAUUAAGAUGAUCAUUUGAAAAGUGCAAAAUAAGCUGAAAUUGGAAAUUUUGUAGGAGAAAAAUAUGAAUAAUUUUUAAAAGAUUAUUUAGAUUUAUAGGAUAAAUUAUAAGGGUCUUAAAUAGAAUUCUAGUUAUUAUCUUAAACCUAUUAAGAAUUGAAAGAAGAGUACACUUAAGUAGUAUACUAAAAUUAAAAAUAUUAUUAAUAGAUACAAAGUUUAUAAUAGCAAUUUUAAUAGAAGGCUCAUUCUAUUGAUGAAUGUUAAUAAUAAAUAUAAUAUUUGUAAACAUAAUCUAAUUAAAAGUAAUAAUAAUAAUAUUAAUAAUAAUAAUAAUAAUAAUAUUAAUAAUAAUAAUAAUAGUAAUAAUAAUAGUAAUAGUAAUAGUAAUAAUAGUUAUUUAAAUAAUAAUAAUAUUAAUAACAACAACCUUAACAAAACUAAUCAUAACAAAACUAAUCAUAGCUUUAGUAAUAGUAGAAUUAAUAAAACUAAUAUUAAUAAUUUAUCUAAUAAUUAUCCUCCUAAUAAUAAAAUAUUGAUUUUCUAAAAAAAGAGAAUGAUUUAAAAUAAAGAGAAAAUACGAUGUUGAAAUAAAACUAUGAAUUAUUAUAAUAAAAUAUACAUGCUUUACAAAAAGAAAAAGAAAAAUAUUUGUUAGAAAUCUAAAAUCAUCAAAAUAGCUUAAAAUUAUUAAAUUAAGAAUUGGAAAAUUUAUAGAAGCAGUUAGAUUUAGCCAUAAAUCAAAAGCAGACUCAUGUGACACAAACUUAAUCUAAUAAUCCAAAAUUUGACCUUAAAUCAGAUUUACAAUAAGUUACACAGUUAAAAAUACAGUUGGAAAAUUCUGAAUUGGCCUCAUAAUCUUUGAAGAAAGAAUUAGAUUCAUUAGAAUAAAUUUAAAUUUAAUAGGAAAAAGAAAAUAAAAAUCUAAAGAAAUAGAUUGAUAAUCAAAAUUAAAUGAUUGAAUCAAUAGAGGAAGAAAUAUCAAGAUUAAAAGAGGAAUUAGAAGAAAAGAAAAAAGAGAUUAUUAGACUUGAAACUUUUAGCAACAAAGAAAAUACGAGUGACAUUAUAGAUGGUUAUAAAUAAGUUGUAAGAAACAAAUAACAAGAGCUAAACAACAAGGAAGAAGAAAUUAAAUAAUUAAAAUAAAGAAAUAAAUAAUUAGAGAGUGAAUUUAAAGUAGAAUAAGAAAAUAAUUAAAUAAAAGUUUAAUAAUUAAAUAUACAAAUAAAAUAAUUAUAAUAGUAAGUUGAUAGAUUAUAAAAAGAAAAUCAAAAUUUAUAAUAACUGAUAUAAUACGAGCCAAAAUUAUAAGAAUAAUAAUUUUAGUAAAUAAUUAUGUAAUUAAAAGAUAAGAAUAGUCAAAGAAUUCUGUAUAAAAUUGUUAAGAGUUUAGUUUUAAGCCAUCUAUGAUUAAAGGUGAAGAAUUUGAAAGCUAGAAUGAUAUUUUACAAUAAGAAGUAAAUCAACUAAGAUAAGAAAUUAAUUAAUUUAGUAAAUAAUAAAUUUAUAUAAUUCUAGUUUUGUAAAAAUAAAAGGAUGAUAUAAUAAUCAAAGGGUUGUCAGAAGAAUUAGAAAUAUAGAAGGUAUUUAAUACUUGCUAAUUUAGAAUAUCACUCGUUAUUAGGAAAAUGAAUAGUAAAGAUUAAAAAAUGAUUUAAAAGCAACCGAAACAUAGUUGGUGAUACAAAAAUAAAAGAUUGCAGAUAUCCUGAAUUCAAUAAUGAUUAAAGGAGAUGCAAGACUAAUGGAUGGACUUGAAAAGUUGAUCUAAAAUAAAGGAGUAGUCUCUUUGAAAUGA